GGGUUUUCUUUUUUCUUUCCGAAGUUUAUAAAUUUAUAUGGUUUUAAAAUUUUAAAAUUUCCCAUAAGUAGAUCAUUAUAUGAAAAUGGAGAAAACGACAUUACAAGAUUCAAGUUCUAACUCAACCUCUGUGUUUUUUUCUUUCUAAUAUUAUUAUUUAACCUUCUAAAACAGGGGAGGAAAUCCCAUUUGCUUUUUCCUUCCAUUAUUCUCAUAGAAUUUAGCUCAAUUUGAGUGUGUUUAAUUCUAAUUAAUUAAUCUUUUUUUCUAACUUAACAGAGGAGGAAAAAAAAAAGUAGGAGACAAUGAGCAGAAGAAGCAGUGGAAGUGUUCCAAAGCUUGAGUUGAAGUUGAACCUGUCUCCGCCACGACCACAUCCAUUGGUGUCAUCGCCAAGCCGAUCAGCGACGGUUUCGCCAACAUCGCCGCCGAGUUCUUGCGUGUCGUCGGAGCUAAAUCAGGACGACGGUGGGGCGGGUUUACGAUAUUCAAGUAGCCCGGAAGCAACAUCAAUGGUGCUGGUGGGGUGCCCUCGUUGCCUAAUGUACGUGAUGCUGUCGGAGAAUGAACCCAAAUGCCCAAAAUGCAAGAGCUCUGUUUUGCUUGAUUUUCUUCAUGACGGCGCCGCCUCAGCUCCGCCGUCCACGACAGCCGCCAGGAAGAUCUAAGGACAGAGAAAAAUUGAAAUUACCAAAUCUAAACUAUCUUAAAAUUUCAUUAGCCUGUUAAAUGUUUUUUUUUUUCUUUUUCUUUUUCUUUUUAGAUGUGAAAUUGAAAAGAAAAAUGUCUAGGUUUUGUUGGGAGAAAGUGGAAGCCUAUCUUCUUAUAUAGCAUGGAAGUGGCCAUUUUUCUUUUUCUGAAAAUAGAGUUGAGAAGAUGAAUUUAUAUUAAUUUAUUUAGAUAUUGAGCUCAUCAA